AUGAGAGAAAUCGUGCACGUUCAAGCCGGCCAGUGCGGUAACCAGAUUGGUUCUAAGGUUUUUGAUUCUAUUUUAGUACCAUGAAUAAUUUGAAUAUUCAGUUCUGGGAAGUCAUCUCCGACGAACACGGAAUCGCACCCGAUGGUACAUUUAAGGGCGAGCACGACCUCCAACUGGAGCGAAUCAACGUAUAUUAUAACGAGGCCAACAGUGAGUGAAAAAGGGAUGUUUGAAUUGAGUUAAUUGUUGUUUUGAGAUGGAAAGUACGUUCCUCGCGCAGUCCUCGUCGACUUGGAGCCGGGAACAAUGGACUCCGUUCGAUCCGGUCCUUAUGGAACUCUGUUCCGUCCUGACAACUACGUCUUCGGUAUUAUCUUUUUUCAUUGUCUUUUUGUUUGAAGACAAAACUGAGCGUUUUUUUUCAGAUUUAUUUAUUCAAUUCAGGACAAAGCGGAGCCGGAAACAACUGGGCCAAGGGUCACUACACAGAAGGAGCCGAACUCGUCGACAACGUGCUGGAUGUCGUCCGAAAGGAGGCUGAAGGCUGCGACUGUCUCCAAGGCUUCCAACUCACCCACUCUCUCGGCGGCGGCACUGGAUCUGGAAUGGGAACUCUCCUGAUCUCCAAGAUCCGCGAGGAAUACCCUGACCGAAUCAUGUCCAGCUUCUCCGUCGUCCCAUCGCCCAAGGUCUACAACAAACUAAACAUGACAAAGUAUAAAAUUAUGUUCUUUCAGGUCUCCGACACGGUCGUCGAGCCGUACAACGCCACUCUCUCGGUUCAUCAGCUUGUCGAGAACACCGACGAAACCUAUUGCAUUGACAAUGAGGCUCUCUACGAUAUCUGCUACCGCACCCUCAAGCUCAGCAACCCCACUUACGGAGACUUGAACCAUCUCGGUAUGUUUUGCAAAAAAAAAGUGUCAAAAGUUUAAUUUCACUCAAACCCCGAACACAUGUUUUGGGAAUUGAAAACUGCAUUCAUAUGUAAUGAGGAGAAAGCAAUCGUGGCUUUUGAAGGAGAAAAAAAGUCGCAAAAAAGAAUUCUUUCAAAUCACUUGGGAGUUGUAAUGAAAAUAAUUAAAACUGCAUCAAAAAUAAAAAACAAUAACAUCGACAGAAUUUUCUCAUUUCAUUAAUAUUGUUCGAAAGUGUUAAAAAUAAUCUAUUUAUUUCCCCCUUUGCCUAUAUCUUUCGAGAAUGCCGUAAAAAAACCACAUAAAUAAAAUAUGAAAAAUAACCUUAGGUGAUUUCAAAAGACAAUAGAACUAAGGUGAAGUCAAAGUGAAAUUACUGACAGUAGAAAACAAGUAGAGAUAGAGAUGUAUUUUUGAAAUCGACAUACUUCGGAUACACUUUGAAAGGAAAAUCGAGUCUUCAAGGCGGACAUAAAAAUUUAUAAAUUAGGUCAAUUUUACAGUGUCGUUGACCAUGUCCGGCGUGACGACGUGCCUCCGCUUCCCUGGACAACUUAACGCCGAUCUCCGCAAGUUGGCCGUGAACAUGGUGCCGUUCCCGCGUCUCCACUUCUUCAUGCCCGGCUUCGCGCCGCUCUCCGCCAAGGGAACUGCCGCCUACCGCGCCCAGACCGUUGCUGAACUCACCCAACAGGUAUCGAAAUCAUCCUUUAUUUCAUAACUUUUUGUUGAACUUCAGAUGUUCGACUCGAAGAACAUGAUGGCCGCCUGCGACCCUCGCCACGGCCGGUACCUGACUGUCGCCGCCAUGUUCAGAGGAAAGAUGAGCAUGCGGGUUUGUCCCAGAGUUUUGCUUUGCAAUAUUCAAAUCUUCAUUCUGCAGGAGGUUGACGAGCAGAUGCAGAACGUGCAGAACAAGAACUCGUCUUACUUCGUCGAAUGGAUCCCGAACAACGUGAAGACGGCCGUCUGCGACAUUCCACCCCGAGGCCUCAAGAUGGCCGCCACCUUCGUCGGAAACUCCACCGCCAUCCAGGAGCUCUUCAAGCGAAUCAGCGAGCAGUUCACUGGUAAUUUUCGGACAAAUAAAAUGAGUGCCUAAAAAUACAACUUUUCGCAGGAAUUUUCUUUCUCUGCGCUUCCGGAGUUUAUUAUGAAUUCGCUCGAAUAGUCUUCAGAAGUCCGGAGAAAGAUUCUUUAUAGUGACUAAGUAAUUGAAAUAUAAAUUUUCGAAGUUUGCGUUAAUCAUAGAAAAAGGCCACCCCCAAUGUUCGCUUUUUAAUCUAUAUUUUUAAAAGGUUUGCGCAGUUGGCCAUUGUCAGGGAUCUUUUCUGAACCUUCAGAAAGAGUUUGGAUUGAACUUCACACUAAAAUGACUUCAGAAUUGCCUGGAACUUGGAAUAAAUUUCAAAAUUUUCAGCCAUGUUCCGCCGCAAAGCCUUCCUCCAUUGGUACACUGGUGAAGGAAUGGACGAGAUGGAGUUCACCGAGGCGGAGAGCAACAUGAACGAUCUCAUCUCCGAAUACCAGCAAUAUCAGGUUUUUUCUGUCAUUUUCCGUCCGUUUCAUCAACUUUAUCAAUUUCCAGGAAGCUUCGGCUGAUGACGAAGCCGGUUUGGAAGGAUACGAAGGCGAAACUGGCGAGACGUUCGAAGAAACCCAAUAAGGUCGCAUUCCAUAUUAACGGCCAUUUUCAUUGUCAAAUGAAUAAACAUUCUAAUUAUUUUUAUUCGUUUUUUUGUUAUGAUGUUAAUGGUUCAUACCAUUUUUCAUUAUCUUUCUUCUGAAUGUGAAGUUUGAACAUUGUCGUCAUGUUUUAAAAAAAAAAACAUUUCCCAAGACAUAUCAAUCUAUGUAUGAUUCGGUGUCGGGCGUUAGUAGCCUUGACACCCCAUUAUAGGUGCUAGAAUAUCACUUUGAGUGCGCAAUGUGUGAGAGAAACUGGCCUUGGGGAAAAUCGACGCUUUUUCGAAAUCUGGGAACCGCGCCAAAUUGGAGAAAAAACGCCCUACCGAACGCUUUUUGGCAAACAUCGUCGGCGAGCGUGUCGCGUCGCGUGUGCCAUCGCUACGCCCUCUCACAUCAUUUUUUUUCCUCGUUCACUAGGCAACGUGCAUCGAUCGCCGUUCGGCCGCUCUUUCUCGCAUUCUCAUUUAAUUUCAUUUAUUGUCGUUUUCACACCGCGCCAUUUUCAUUCACUCCGGUCCAUUAAGAAACCAAGCCUAUUUCAGGAAACCAUGUCUGGCAGAGUUUACGUUGGACGGCUUUCUUCUCGAGCUUCUGAAAGGGAUAUUGAACACUUCUUCCGAGGCUACGGCCGCAUUCGAGACAUCGUUCUGAAGAAUGGCUUCGGUUUUGUUGUGAGUUGUUGUCUUUCUUUUUUCAAGAUAAUUACAGAAUGUUUCGAAUUUUAUUAAAUACGUUUUAGGAAUUCGAUGACAACCGCGACGCUGACGAUGCCGUCUACGACCUCAAUGGAAAAGAAUUGGCCGGCGAAAGAGUGAUUCUGGAAUUCUCGAAGAGAGGUCCCCGCAGUGGUGGCGGCGGCGGCGGUGGUCGUGGAGACCGUUUCGGCGGAGGUGGAUUUUCUGCUCCGCGACGUGAAAGGUAAUUACAUUUUUAAAAAAAAUUUGGAUAGAGAAAUUUUUCGAAAGUUGACCGCUAGUUGAAGCCAAUUUUGAACGCUCCAGAAAAAGGCGCCAAAUUAAAUGUGGGACCAAUAGAACAAAAUAUCGAUGAGGUCAUGCGCCAUUCGCGCUUAUCUAUCGAUUCAAGUCACACCGGCUUGUUUGGACAUAAGAAUGAGCAUAUAAAGAAUCUAUAACAUUAUGACGACAAAGAGGGUUUUCAAUACUUGGAUCAUGUCAAAAUUAUGAUUUUUUUAAACAAUUUUACGAAAACUGCUUUGAAAAAAUUCGAAUAAGAAAUCAGAAAGUUUUAUUAAAUAAUGAUAUGAAAAAUCUUCUUUCAGUCGAUAUGGUCGUCCAAUGUCGACCCGUCACCGCAUGAUCGUUGAAAACUUGUCGACCCGCAUCUCCUGGCAGGUUUGUAGAAACAAAUGAUUUAGAAGAAAAAAAUAUUACUAAUCACUCGAACAAUGUUACAUAGGCCAACGUCACCUGAACAUUACUAAUCCAUUUCUAGUGUUGGCAAGUUGCAAAAAGUUUCGAUUUUUGGAGUGACACAACGGAAAAGCCAUAAGAUAAUGAAAUGUUUAUCCAGCUCGUUGGUGAAGGCUGUUGGUUUGAUGGGUCGUAGUGCGUAAAUCGGCAUCUGGUCGGAUGUAGAUGGCCCACCCGAUUCGUUUCGUUUCGUUCUCUGGCGCAAGACUGAAAAUUUCUGGAGGGCGAGAGAUCAACCAAAACUGGCGCUUGAACCACUUUUGUGGCUCACUCUUUCUGAUGGAAUCCGCGGGGCGUCACUUCUGGCCAAAACUUCCUUCCCUGUCUCUCACUCUCUCGUAGAAUCUCUGGUGCCUUACGGAGGAUGGCUUUUGGCGGCGCGUUUGAACUGUUUGCGAUUUGGCGAGAUCAACCCCCAUGUGACACCAACGUUGCUUGGUAUGAUAGACAUACGAUCAUUCAGUUUUUGUUUUGAGAUGGAGCUCGAAUUAAGAUGUUCAGAGAUGGUUUCAUUCCUGAGCCUUUUAGGAUCUCAAAGACAUGAUUCGCCGCGUUGGAUGCGAGGUUACUUACGCCGACGCUCACAAGAAAGCUGCCAACGAAGGGUGAGCAAGACGAGGAAGUAACUGAGGCUUCUCCUUGAAAUUUGAAAAUAGAAAUAAAGAGAUAUAAAUUUUCUCUAAGUUUUGUAAAAAUAACUUUUUAACUAUCUCAGCGACUUCUCAACUUGUGUUGUUGCAAAAAAGACUUGCUUCAAAGUGUUUGGAAGUUUCAAGGACGAAAUCUCCGUUUUUUCCUGAAUCUUGUGCAAGUUGGAAUAUUUUCCCUGUUGCAGAAUCGUUUGCUUCGCAACUCGCGAGGACUUGAAACGGUGCAUGGACAAGAUGCAAGGAGAGGAAGUGAAUGGUCGCAAAAUCAAGCUCGUCGACGACACUGAGGCCAGUCGCUCCAGGUCGCGCUCCCGUUCGAGGAGCCGCAGCCGUAGACGCUCUCGCUCGCGUUCUAGCUCUAGAAGGUUAGAUUUAGAAAAAAAAAUAUUGUUUUGAUCUUUUUAAAAUAUUCAUUCUUUAAAUUAAUUAUGUUUUUUUUUCAGCCGCUCUCGCAGUCCUCGCAAUCGCUCGAAGAGUCGCUCCAAGUCUCCAAGGUCUCGCAGCGCUUCGCCCAAGAAGGAAAACGACCGUAGCCGCUCGCGUUCUCGUUCUAGGAGUGACAAGUAACAUUGAUUUAUCCAUUCCCAUAUAAUUUUCCAAUUUUUUCAGAGGCUCCCGCUCUCCUUCGCCAAAGUCGCCGGGUAAAAAUGAAGUCAAAGACGAGGCAAUGCGUUCCCGUAGCGCUUCUCCUGCUCCUGCCGAUGAUUAA